ACGCGUUCGAACUUCAACUCUUGCUGCAGGGCUUCUGGUAUGCAUUGCAAAAGUAUCGCAAUCGUGCUAGUAUAAAUUGCAUUACAAAUUUUAUCACAAAUUUUUAUUUUUAAUGCUAAUCCAGUUAAAAAGGUAAGUAGGCUUGUCAUGCAGGAUUGCAAUUACAACUACGAGUGCGAUACUUUUGCACAGGAUACCUGGGAUACCUACCUCGAAGGUCCGCCACCAGCUGGCGCGACGCUGGACUUGGUUUUCACUAGGAAGCAGAUUUUUCGCUUUCUUCACCAGCGCCCGGUGGCUCCCGAACUGAAGGUGGAUUUAUUUUUUGACGCAGCGGCAGUCUUCGGAACCGGAAGGGUUGGUGGUGUGCCGGACGUGGAACUCAAACUCUUGUACGGCCGCAUCCUGCAAAACGCCGCCCCGAUGGCGGUCAUGCAGCUCUUCUUCGCUCUCGUUUUGCAGCCGACGCUGGUGAGCAGAACGGAGAAUAAAACAACACUGCGCCAGAUAUUCGGCGCCCUUCUCCAGGGAUAUGGGAUUCUCAAACGGUACACGGAGUCAACUGUUACAUGAUUUGUCUUUGUCACGCGGAAUUACUAUGAUCAUGCCCACACAACUGCACACGAUCAAGCUUCUUGUUGGCAUGAUAACGCGGCAUCCACGCACUAAAAAAGCGCAUCAGAAUUAUCCGGACCUCCAAAUCUGUAUUAUGCAAGGUCUCCUUGACGUUGUUCACUUUUGCUAUUCUGGCGCCGUCACAAGUUCAUGUAAUAAGCAGUUGAAAGCGUAACGCUUGGGAACUCCAUAGGAAUAAAGCGAACCUGUUCGCUCCACACCCACAACUUGCGUUCGCUUUGCGGGCCGAAGGCGAAGCCAGGGCAACGAACAACGAGGAGGCGAGGUUUCAUUUGACCGACCGGAUCCGGACAGCCAUUUUGCCGACGGUGUCGGGUUCUUCUCUGGCAAGCAGCGUGCAGAAGCAUUGGCGUGCGGAAAAAGUGCUUUGGGACGCCGCCACAAGUUGGAAGGCGUUUGUUGCUCACGGUAGGACACAACAGCAAGCAAGAGACCAGCACCAGGGUGGUCGUCUUGGUGGGACAAUGAACACGUUUCCGGGUCAACAGCAACACCAGGAUCUUCAACAAGGUCAGCACGCCUCUGCUGCCACACCGUACAACCAAGGCCAGUCUGCUUUUUACCAUCAGGAAGGCAGCGGACGAGCCCCGCAGCAGCAGCAGCAGCAGGGCCAGAUGUUGUAUCCUCAGCAACACCCAUUGCAGUGGAACCAAAACGACCAAGGGACGAG